AUGAUGAUGCGGGUGAACAGGAAGCGGCGGGAGGAGGUGAUCACGGACCGGAAAGCUCCCGGUCCUGAAAAGGGCCAAGAUGUGCUACCACCAGCAGCUCCCGAGGGAAUUCUUUUCUUCGCGUACGGCGCGGAGAUUACGACAGCGGAGCACUAUCUGCAGCAGGCGAUCACAUCGGCACGUCGUAUCAAGCUGCUGAACCCCAGCACGAAUAUCACUCUCGUCACCAAUCCAGGCAUGCGCCCGGACAUCGAUGGCGCCUUUGACGCGGUAGUCAACGUAGAGGAAAAACUGUUAUACUCAGGAACGGUGCAAUCGUGGAACCCCAACGGCGUCAGUCGGCAGUGGCUCACGCGCCUCGAGUACCUCGCCCGCUCUCCCUACCAGAAUCCAGACCUUCUAGCGCCGCAUAAUUGGGCGAUCUUGUACCGCAAGAACGAGAACACGAAGCGCCUCUUCAAUCGAUGGAGAGUCCUCCAAAUCGAGUACAGCAGAGCCGGUUCAGACCAGCAAACACUGGAGAUGGCCGCAGGAUCGCUCGCGCUACAAGGCAAGCUCAACGUUAGCGUCAUUUCGGAGAACUUAGCUCUCGCAACCGUGGUUUAUAACCGCACCGUCCCGACCUUUCCGAAGACGUCUAUGCUCAUCGAUCCAGGGCCUGUCCAUUUCGUUCACUACGACGCGGCGUCUGAUGAGGACGCGGAGAUGACCUGCCGAAAGCUGAACAGACACUGGAGCCUUGCGAGAGUUGUAGUGAUGCCCGCUCCAUUUCCAAAAUCGGAGGAGACUGGCCUUCGUAUCGAAAGCAAUUACAAGGUAACUGUUGGUGUGUCGAAUUGA